AUGUUGGGCUAUCUCGCUUCAUCAUUGUUAGUUAUAAGCACCAUCUACUGGAUCGAUUCGAGUAGCGCCGGCCCGCUGGAUGCACUGAGCUGGGCCCGGAUGGACAAUAUCAACCUACCCUGGUUGCCAUAUGAGAACAUGACUCGCUGCUACGGUGAACUGGGCUGCCUGAACAUCACCAAAGAAUGGUACCACUUGAUCUUCCGGCCGUUCAACGUGUUCCCGCUGCCUCGCAGUGUAAUCAACACCCGCUUCAUCCUGUACACGGAGAAGAACCCGACCGACGGUCAGCUGCUACAGGCGGAUGUAAAAGACUCCAUCAUGAAGAGCAACUUCCGCUCCGAGUGGGCUACAAAGUUCAUCAUUCAUGGUUUCAUCGAUACCCCGCUGUCGAACUGGGUUUCGGAGAUGCGGGACGAAUUGAUUACCCGCGGAGCGCUGAAUGUGAUUGUAGUGGACUGGGCCGGAGGUUCGCUACCACUCUACACGCAGGCUGUAGCCAACACGAGACUGGUAGGAUUAGAAAUAGCUUAUCUCAUCAAUAAGCUGUCGGAGUACAAGGGUCUGGAAGCGGAAGAUGUCCAUUUGAUUGGUCACUCACUGGGUGCCCAUACUGCAGGGUAUGCUGCAGAAAGAAUUCCUGGUUUGGGACGUAUAACAGGUCUUGAUCCUGCUGAACCAUUCUUCCAGGGUAUGGAUCCAAUCGUUCGGCUCGACCCCUCGGAUGCCUCUCUAGUGGAUGUGAUCCAUACGGACGGAAGGAGUGUAUUCCGACUGGAGAUACCCGGUUACGGCAUGUCACACACUUGCGGGCAUUUGGAUUUCUACCCGAACAACGGCAAAGAACAGCCCGGUUGUGCGCUCUCGCAGGAAGGCGCUGCGACGAUUCCUCUCACACUAAUCAAGGAUGGCAUCGAGGAAGCAUCUCGGGUUUUACUGGCCUGUAAUCACAUUAGAGCAAUUAAACUGUUUAUCGAUAGUAUUAAUGGCAAAUGUCCGUAUGUGGCUCAUCGUUGUCCAUCAUAUCAACACUUUUUAAGUGGGAACUGCUUCAAAUGUACUUCGGGAAAUUGUGCCCUAAUGGGUUACCAUGCGUCACUGCCUAUUACCACCACACGGCAGAAUAUUUCCGAAAACGAUAUUGCUUCAGGAUCAUCGUCGAUUCCGGUUGCUCCCCAACCCGGCAAGUAUUUCCUGGCAACCGGUCGAGAUUUCCCCUUCUGUCAGCGACACUAUCGGUUCACCAUAGAACUGGCCAAGCCAAAAUCGGCCGAAACGUGGGUUCAAGGCCACCUGACGGCGGGAAUCUUCUCCGAACGGGGUGCCAUCCGAAGUAUGGACCUCACACCGAAGGGAACGGCACGAUUCGAGCACGGCACCGUCUACCAGGUGGUGGUAACGAAUCCAAACGAUCUGGGCGAUCGAAUCCGGAAGGUGGAACUCUCCUGGACGCACGACAUGAACGUCCUGGAGCCGACGACGUUGUGUCUGCUGUGGUGCAACAAUCACCUCUACGUCAAAUCGAUCCAGGUCGAAACCAUGCAGAUGCCAUCCCGGGAGAAACGUAACACGGAGUAUUCCAACAAACUUUGCGCACAGAAGCGCGAAUUCGCCGACAUUGCCAGCCGUGGAAGCUACUCGUUCUACGACAACUGUAAACGUCCAACCUCGUAA